GUUCGUUAACCAUUUGUAUGAUGACUGAGAGUAAGAUCAUAGAUAAUAUAGCGGAACAACUAUCUAUGGUAAGAUCAAAGGAAUUCCAGCCAGUCCAAACAACGUACCCGUGCUUCCUGCUGAGUUUACGGGUAGUUACCCUCGGCGCGCAUGCGCAGCGAGGGUACUGUAGUUGGGUAUGUCUGUGUGUGUGUGUGUGUCUGUUACUCUCAAUCUCACUUCACGAGUGUCUGUUCGUCUCACAAAGGAUACGACCUACUUAACGGGCAAUGAAGGUCAGACAAUAUG